GCCAAAAACACUCAACAUCCUCACAGUCAUUCAAUUCAACCUUCAACCUUUACGCAGUCUCUCACUUUCAACCUGUGUUACUCAGUCGUCUCAUUUUACUCCUUCUGGCCAUUGAAGAACGACUCCAUGAUCAUCCCCUAACAAUCAUUUCCCUCUAAACACCAGCAAUCAUGUCCGGUGCAUACAUUCUUCCCGUUACAACGUCAUCCGCCACCUUCUUCCGAGCACUCGCAUCAGCCUCUAUUGCCCGGUCUUGCUCUCACGCCUUUCGCACUUUCUCAUCGAGUAGACUUGUCCGACAGUCUUCCAAGAGAGAACUAUACACCGUCCCCUCGUAUCAACCUCACAGCCUGCCCGCCGGCUUCCCUCUCCCACCCCGAAACACCGAUGUCCCGGACACUUCUAUUGCUGGGCCAAAAUCCCAGUCGGAGGAGCCACAUCCAACUCCCCACCCGUUUGAACAACUAGGGAAGCAGAACCACAAUCUUCAGGAGGCCGCAAGCAUACAAGUACCAGAGCGCGAAGCGCAGAAGUCUAAGCCGGUAGAGGCGCCCGAGGUCAAAGCCACCGAAGCGACCGAACCCAAGCCAACCAAGCCUCGACGGAGCAAAUUACGGGCUAGAAAGGCAGCCAUGUCAAUUACACCCACGGCAAUCUUGCAUCUGAAAGAAUUACUCGAUCAACCAGAGCCCAAGAUGAUUCGCGUGGGAGUCAAGAACCGAGGUUGCUCUGGACUUGCAUAUCAUCUUGAAUAUGUGGACAAGGCGGGGGCAUUCGACGAAGUGGUGGAAAAGGAUGGAGUCAAAGUCCUGAUUGACAGCAAGGCAUUAUUCAGCAUCAUUGGCAGCGAGAUGGACUGGAUGGAAGAUAAACUGAGCGCACGAUUCGUCUUCAAGAAUCCCAACAUUACAGAACAAUGUGGAUGUGGAGAGUCGUUUAGCGUGUCAUGAAAGACGGGCAGAACAGACCGCAGAUUAUAUUUAAAAGAUACCCUUUUCAUAAUCAAUCACUCUCACAUCGUCCCAUUUGGAACCGUUCUUUUGACCAAAGGCCUGAUGUAUCGGGUCUUGCGAGACAUAAUAAUCGCGAUCUUCUUUCGAGGCAA